UAUGAUUUAACUUCUACGCACAUUUUUCUGCCCUCCUCGACCUCUGUUAAAAGAGAUAAAUCUCGCUUAUUUUCUUUCUAUGUUUUAUUAGCAGCAAAAUGGGUCGAUUCGAUGGUCGCGCGGUCAUCGUCACUGGCUCGUCCAAUGGAAUCGGUCGUGCUACAGCUGUACUAUUUCGCCAAAGAAGGAGCGAUGCUCACGAUUUGUGGACGAGAUGAGAAAACUCUGAACGAAACAAAAUCGAUGGUGCUGGCGGUCAAUGGAGGCGAUGAAAAGAAGGUUUUCCUGGUCCGUGGUGACAUCUGCAGCGAAGAGGUGAUGAAGGAAAUCAUCGAAGGAACUGUGAACGCGUUUGGUCGAUUGGAUGUAAACAAUGCUGGUGGAAAUAAAGGCGCUGAAUUUGGAAAGCCAGAACUCGACUGCGACUUGACCAAUUUUGACUACACCCACAAUUUGAACACUAGAUGCAUUCUACGACUCUGCCAGUUGGCCUUUCCACAUUUGACGGAAACAAAGGGCGAAAUUGUGAACGUGAGCAGUAUUGCGGCCAAACCAAGCGCUGCAACAUUGUUGUCUCCAUAUUACGGUAUCUCCAAAGCGGCACAGGACCAAUUAACCCGAAAUCUUGCCGUUUACUACAUCCAGAAAGGGGUUCGAGUGAAUGGCGUCAGUCCCGGAAUGAUAUCAACAAACAUCAUUCAAAGGCACGGGAUUCCACCACAAGUUACAAAAAAGAUAGAAGAAGAAAUCGCUGCAUCGCCUUCACGAAUCCCAUGUGGUCGUGCUGGAACUCCUGAAGAGGUGGCCGAGGCGAUUCUCUUCUUGGCUGACAGGCAAAAAUCCGGUUACAUAGUUGGCCAUCUACUGGUGAUCGACGGUGGAUCCUCGUUGCAAAUGCCGGUGAUCGCCGACGGAAUGAAAAUAAUCACCGACAUACUGGGUGGUCUCGCACCGCCAAAAGCUUGA